GCAUCUCCGUCGUGGUCUUGGAGGACGUUGUGCUCGCCGAGUUGGCAAAAGCCGGCGACUUUCGCGACUUCAUCGAAGCGGUGCUCACGAAGAUGGAGGCUCCUCUUGAGAAACUCCUCGAUGGUACGGAGGAGCCUCCGUGUCUCCUCGUCGCCGACACAUUUCUCCUCGAAGCCGCCGUGAGGGUCGCCGGCCGGAGGAAUAUUCCGGUGGCCGCUUUCUGGCCGACAUCCGUCGCCAUGUUCACCUUGUACCAACAUCUUCACCUUCUAGAGCAAAAUGGGCACUACAACCUUCAAUUGUCAGAGGCAAAUGAUGUGAGAGUGGACUACGUGCCGGGACUCUCUCCGACCAGUCUCCACGAGAUUCUCGGCGUCUUCAAUGGCCUUCAUGACUUUAUCCUGCCAAAGUUUCGAGAAGCAUUCUCUCUCGUCCCAAAAACUCAAUGUGUAAUGAUCUCUUCCAUCUACGAACUCGAACCACAAGCGUUGGACCGCUUACGAGCCAUCCUCAAAACCCCAUUGCUCACCGUCGCACCACCCACGAGCAACGUGGCUCAUGGCCCGAGCCACCACGUGGACCAAGAUUACAUCAAGUGGCUCGACGGCCGACCGGAGGAUUCCGUUCUGUACAUCGCCUUCGGGAGCCACGUCCCGGUUUCACCUCAACAAAUGGAUGAAGUCAUGGCCGGUUUACGCGAAACCGGUGUGAACUUCUUGCUAGUGGCUCGGUCCAAUACCGAUGGGCUUAAAGAACUACGCGGAGACAAAGGGUUUGUCGUGCCGUGGUGCGACCAAGUUAGGGUUUUGUCACACAGAUCGGUCGGAGGGUUUUGGAGCCAUUGCGGUUGGAACUCGACGAAAGAAGGCGUCAUGGCCGGAGUCACGUUCUUAACGUUCCCGUUCUACGGCGAUCAGAUUCUCAUUAGCAAGUUAAUCGUUGAAGAUUGGAGAAUCGGGUUGAAAGUUAAGGAGCGUCACGACGAAGCUCUCGUGCCGAGGGAGAAGAUCGUCGAGGUCGUUAAGAAAAUCAUGGAUCCGAACCAUAACGAGUCGAAGGAGAUGAGGAAACGAGCCAAGGAGAUGAAAGAGAGGGUUCUUGAAAACGGAUCUUUAGGUGAAAACAUAGAUUCGUUCGUGAAGGUCAUACGGUCGGUGUCGAAGAAUCAGUAACUGGGAGAUUUGAAUAAGUUUUAUUUGUAUAAGUGGACCGACACUAUCCACGACCUCCUCUACCUCCACCACUAUCUGUAAUUUUAUAAGAUAUGAUUAAUAAUGCCUACGCGGCAACAUUAAAUGCGUCUUGUUUUGUGUGAGGAGAAUGGGCCCAUUGAGAAGGCCCAUAUUGUACGAUGGCUUGAAAGCCCAAAUUUCAAAGAA